AUCUGACAUGGAGUCAAAAUGCGGCUUUAACAUUUAGGAAAGAUGUGUUGUUUGUACGACACGAUAAAUAACACGGAAGUACACGCCCAUUUGUAAAGAAAAUGUUUCUAAAUCUUUUCAUUUGAAAAUAAGUAAGUUAAACAACACAGUAGGUUUCUACAAAAGGUAAAUUUGGCAUUUGAGGAGAUCGGGAACAACGCAAAAAGAUGAUGAUGAAGUCAUUAGCUGAUCUUCAAGCGCGCAGCCUGAUUUUGUUAUGCGUUCUGCAAAUGUGGACUGGAUCGACUUAUAGUUGUCUAGCUGAAGGAGGUGAUUAUAGUUUCGAGCUGGAUCUGCCAAAGAAGUUUGUGGUCCCGAAGAGGGGAGUUGCUUUGAUCCCGUGUGCAUUUAGCGCUCCAAUGAGAACGCACCCUGGUCGUCAAGUUUGGUUCAGAGGCAGUCCUGAGUUUCCCCUCAGACCACCAGAGGUGGAGAGAAAAGAUGGACUCUACAGCCCAAUGAUUUCUAUAUAUUCAGAGUGCAGCGUUAUUUUGCGUAACACGCAGGACCUUUCAGGAGAGUAUGGGUUCAUGCUUGAAUGGGGAAACAAAGAAAGACAUGUUUUCCCAGACAGAGUUAAAGUGGCUCCCUGUUUUGCAAAAGUUAGUCUCACUCCAAGCACUGACGUUUUUGUAGCUGGAGAGAAGAAUAAUUUAACCUGCAGCCUCUCAAAAAACUGCCCGGGAAGGGAUCCAAAAGUGACUUGGAAAGAGCUUGGAAAGGGCUCCAAACAAAUAAUACCCUUAAAAUAUGCAGACAAACAGAACAGAUAUUUAGGAUACUCUGAACAGCUUCUUUACACACCUGUCCCUGAAGAUCACCAAAGAAAAAUAACAUGCGAGGCUACAUACGGAAGAAAUAUGAGUUCCAGUGAUACGGUUACUUUAACAGUUCACUCUCAGCCUGAGAUACUGAACAGCUCUUCAUGCACACUGCAGCAGGGUCUUCUCACCUGUGUGUGCGUGAGUCAAGGUGUACCUUUGCCUGAUAUUAACUGGUCUCUAGCACAGGACGAACAUGAUUUCAUCACAGACAAAGCAUCUGACGGUCACAUGACUGUAAUAAGCACCUUCAGAAUGCACGUUGGAAACUUCACAAGCAACAGCACCAUGUGUGUCAGCAAAAGUGCUCUUGGUCUUGCAAGCAUGGACAUCCCAGUUAAUCUCAUUGAAGGUCUCAAGAGUGAAUUAAGGUGGACAAUCAAAGGCCUGGUGUUUGCUUUAUUCACUGUACUGGCAUUCUGUCUGAUGUUUAUUUGGAUAAGAGCAGCAUCUCAAAGAGUAAGACAGGUGCCCUAUAACUCACUACAAGAGAAAGCAGACUCUGUAAACUACAUUGCAACAUGAACAAUUUCACAUUAUGUGCAUUUUAUAUUUAAUGGCUUUCAUUUCAGGAGCACUUAUCUACAUUGUUGGACUGUUUUAUUUGUUUUUAAAGUUAUUUUGUUGUAAACCAGUGGUACUCAAACUUUUCAGUGUGAGGUGCGUCCCUCCCAAAGAAAAUAAUGUGUUUCAUAACACAAUUGUGUCUUAAAAAAAGUUUGAGAACCACUUAUGUAAACUUUUAAGUUUCAAAUUGUUGAUGGUCUAUCAUUGUUGAGUUGACUGAAUAGGCCCUUUUACAGCCCACGUGAUCAAAUAGCCUGUGCACGCAUUUUGGCAACAGAAGUAGUGUUGUGCCCCAGUGGUUCUAACGUUUUAGCAACUCAGUAGGUUUAUUAAAGGUGCAGUGUGUAAAUUUUAGCGGCAUCAAGUGGUGAGGUUGCGAAUUGCAACCAACGGAUUAGUCCACGGCUCACCCCUCGCUUUUGAAACACAUAAAGAAGCUACGUUAGCCACCACCGGACAAACAUGUCAUCAGCGGAGAUAACUUAGGAAAAAAAUUGUCCUUUAAGGGCUUCUGUAGAAAAAUUGCAGCACAAAAUGGCGUCUUCCAUGUAAGGAGACCCUCGGUGUAUGUAGAUAAAAAGGUCUCGUUCUAAGGUAAUAAACACAUAACGGUUCAUUAUGAAAGGUCUUUAUACACCCCUGAUAAUAUAGUUUUGUAUAUUAUUUUGCAUUUCUGUCAAAAGAUCCUUCUAAAAAUUACACACUGCACCUUUAAACAGUUUCCCAGCAUCAAAAUGUCUGGUUGUUGCAUUUGGUUGCACUAAUAUAAUAUACGUAUAUGUAUCUGGCUACUUUAUACUUGACCAUCUGCUAACGUCUUCUAUCCACUCCACUACAGUACACGGAUCUGGUAUCCGUAUUGAAAAAGUUGUUAAGUCCACUUUUUAAAAUGACUUUCUCUGUGUUGCUUCACUGCUGAUUCUUGCCAUACUUCCGUUGCCAACCUGCCCGCGCAUAUGCUGCCACGUCAUCAUUGUGUACAAACAGUAAAAGGGUCUAUACCUGAAUUAUGAGGAGUUCAGAAUAAGUUUUCUUGUUAUAAGAAAGGACUUGUUUAUAAAACAAAUGCCAUGUUUUAAAGCCACAGGAUUACUGUGUUGGAAAAAUACUGCAUUGACUCUGAAAAGCUGUAACAAAUUGUAUAUUUAUUUUCUGAACAUUAUACAAUCUCACAUUA